AUGUAUGAACUUGACGAUAAUUAUGAGAAUACCCCAUCAGAAGAUGUAGAGGGCUCAUUAAAUAGUAGUGAAAUAAAUGUUAUGGAUAGCGAUGAUGUCAAAUCAGAGUUAUCUAAUACAAUAUUUGAUUCUAAAAGAAGAAAAAAAGAUAGGAAGAAAAAAAAUGGAAUAAAUAGAGAAACAAAAGAAAAAAUAAAUAUCUUUUUAACUGAACUUGACAAAGCCGAAGAACAGUCUGCUAAGAGAGAUCUGACUGGUCAAAAAGCUAGAUCGCGGUCCAAAUCAAGGUCUCGAUCUAGAACAAGAUUGCGGUCUCGAUCUAAAUCAAGAUCCAAGUCAAAAUCUAGAUCUAGAUCCAAGUCAAGAUCCAGAUCUAAAUCUAGAACCAGAAAUAAACCACAAGACGAAAAUCCCAAACCAACUUCUGUAUGGGGAACGCAAAGGGAGAAUAGGUUUACACCAAAUAACUCAACUACCAAUUCUACUCCAACACUAGAUGCUAGACCUAGAUCACGCUCUAGAUCAUGGUCUAGAACACGUUCAAGGUCAAGAUCUCAAUCCAGAUCACGUUCUCAAACUAGGAAUACAAUUGGAUCAUUGAUAAGCGAAAUGCAAAGAGAUGUUGCUAAUCUAAACAUAACACCAUCAGAGGACAUUGAUGGGAUCAGUAUCCCACACACUAAUUUUGAUUUAACACCAAAUAUAUAUAGCCAAUUACCUAAACCAUUAACCAUCUCAAAAGUUGCACGAAGAUUGGAUUAUGGAACUAAAGGGACACAAGUUGAUAUUCUAACAAACCAAAUUUUACUUUCAUUAGGAGAGGAGGCAAUUCCAUCAGAUACCAAGAAGAAUAUCGAUAUCUGGUGGAAAGAUAGUUCUAUAUAUAUUUAUCAUGUAAGUUUUAUUUCCUCCCAAAAAAAUACUACUUUUAGUAGACCAUCAGCUAGGGUGAAUGCGGAGUUAUCAACUGCAAAACGGGGUGAAUUAAUAGAAGCUUUAAUUGAAGAAGAUAAAACGUUGAAAAAAUAUAAAGGAAGUAUUGCAUUUAAUGGAACGGACUCUAUUUAUUCUCAGAUACCUCUUGAAGAAUUUACAUUAUUUGAUGAAUGCUGGGAAAUAAAAGCUAGAAAUCGGAGAUAUCAAGAUACAAAGAAAUAUGAUGACUUACAAAGUAUUGAAAAUUUAGCCUCACAGGUAUCAUUAAAAUUUACAGGAAAGGUUUCACUUAGUGAUAUUUAUAAAGGAACAUUUAAUACUGAUCCAGAUUUUCAAGAAAAUAAAAUGUCAGAAAAUAGUAAAACUGUACUGAUGGGGCUUCUAGGUGCAAAAAUAUUAAACUCUACUUCAGAUCCAAUAUUUCAAUUAGCUGGAAAUAAAUUUUUUAUAUAUAAUAAAUUAUCAAAAACAGAACCUUUCCAAGGCGGAGGGUACCUGAUGCAAGGAUUUACUGUUCAGCUUAGAUAUGCAUAUGGGUGUGUCUUAUUAAAUACUAUUAAUACCAUUGCUCCUUUUUAUAAGCAUUCCAAAUACCUACCUGGACAUCCAAAUUUUGAACAUCAGAAUAAUGAAGCUUAUACGCUAAUGGAUUGGAUACUUGAUUACUAUAAAGAAAAUUCAAGAACUCCCAGAAAACAUUAUACGAACAGCAACCAAAACAACCCUACAACUGAUGAGAUUAAUACAUGCUUGUCUAGAGACAAGAACAUAAGUUUGUUGCUAAAAGGUUUGAAAGUACUACGAUACUAUUUAAACUAUAGUAUAAAUCCAGACGGAUCUCCCAAGACACCUAGUGCAAGAUCAUAUAAAAAGGUUCUCAGAAUUAGUAAGGAUACAGCAAAUUCUCAUUUAUUUGAAAAUGCAGGUAAAACUAUUUCAACUGCCCAAUACUUUUUGAAGAAAUAUAAAAUUCCAUUAAAAUAUCCCAAUGUGUUUAUGAUUUCACUAUCACCAUCAGUUGAUGUUCCUGCAGAAUGCUUGUCAAUUGCUCCAGGACAAAAACUUAAGGGAAAAAUAAAUGAUGAACGAAAAUUUUUAGAAUUUGGAGCUUUGAAACCUUCUGAAAAGUUCAAAACCAUUUCAAACCUUAUUUUACCAUCUAUAGAAUCAAGUCUCCCUAAAAUUCCUUCCAAGAAUUCAGACAAAAAGAGUAUACCAUAUCAUUUUUUGAAAGUUCCUUCAAGAAUUUUAAAUUCACCCCAAGUAUUGUAUAAGGGAGUAUCCUUAACAUACGUAGAAAAACCAUUUGAAGAAAGUAACCCACAAAAUAAGUUACCUGUACAUCAAGAAAAAAAAGGAAAUUGGAAUUUAAAUGAUAAGAUAUUCUGUAAACCACCUAAAAAGCUUUUAGAUAUAAUACCUAUUAUCAUAUCUUCAAGAAAAACAGCAGAACUUUGUCCUAAGUAUAAUGAAGUCAAACAAGUUAUGGAUUCUUUCCUAGUUAACGCAAAACAGAGGGGUCUACGUGCUAUUUUCAAAGGUAAAGUUGAGACAAUAUGUUCUUUCAGUGCUCCAUGGACAAGUAAUAACUCAUUUAGAAACACCAAUAGCUAUCGUGGGAGAGGGGGAGGGGGUUUCCAAAAUGAAUCAUACAAUAAAGUUGAAACAAGAAUCUCUGAAGGUGAGAAAGCUUUAUUAAAGGUGUUCGACACAAUAUCAUCGGAGAGCUAUAUGUUUUUCAUAUUAGCUGAUGGACGAAAUACUGAAAUAUAUCAAAGAAUUAAAUAUUUGACUGAUUCGAAAUACGGUUUCUUAAAUUCCUGUUUAGUUUGGUCUAAAUUUAAAAAGAAGUCUUCAGUUUAUAAUUCUAAUAUUUCAAUGAAGAUAAAUCUUAAGAUGCAAGGCUUUAAUCAUACUUUAAGCGCACCUGAUAUGAAUUUAUUAGUAGACAAAAACACACAGUUACCUGCACUUGUUUUGGGUGGUGAUGUAACUCAUUACCCAGAAAAAGACCAACCUUCUAUAUCUGCUCUUGUUGGAUCAAUUGAUAGACACUAUUGUCAGUUUCCCGGGGAUUAUAUGUUGCAGGAAACAAUUGGCCAAGAAAUGAUACAUGGCAUUGGAAAUUUGGUUGCCAACCGAUUAACUUUAUACAGGUUAAACAAUAAUGGUAAACUGCCAGAAAAAAUAAUAUACUUUAGAGAUGGGGUGUCUGAAGACCAAUUUUCUCAAUUAAUUGACAUUGAAAUUAAAGGAUUAAAGAAAGCCUUUAAUGAAUAUGAAUGUGAAGGGUUAAGCUAUAAAUAUAACCCAACUUUAACAGUUAUAGCUGCUGUAAAGCGAAAUCAAAUCAGAUUUUUCCCAAUUAAACAAAAUGCAAGGAAUCCCAAGGGGAACAUGAUUGCUGUUCAAUCUUUAGGUAAUGUAAUGCCAGGAACUGUUGUAGAUAGGAGUAUAACAGCCACUGCACAUUUUGAUUUUUUCUUGCAAUCUCAUCAAGCUCUAAAAGGGACAGGGGUUCCAUGCCAUUAUUGGUGUAUCUAUAAUGAAAACCAAUUCACAUCAGAUUAUUUGCAACAGGUUGCUCAUAAUUUUUGUUAUUUAUUUGGCAGAUCCACUACCAGUGUUAAGGUUGUAGCACCAGUUUAUUACGCAGAUUUAUUGUGUGAGAGAGCUGCACAAAUUUUCAAGGGAAAUUACGAAGUAGCUAAAAUGUCUGCAGUUCGUGGUAGUAUUCCAAGGGGAAUAUUAUUGCCACAAGCAAAUAAAAGCAACCAUAAUAGAAUGUACUAUAUUUAA